AUGGAGUUUGAAGGCUUCCAGGAUCCGCCCCUACCGGUGGUAGGCCUGCUCGGGGAUCUGGAGACGCAGCAACUCCUCAUCGCCCUGGCUGCCACGGAUGAAAGCCCCGCGGUGCGCCUGAUCACGGUGCCAGAUGCCCAGCAGAGCCCGGAGGUCCUAGGGCCUCGCCCACCCAGCCCCUCGGAACCUGUCACGCGAAAAUCAUACUCGCAGGUCUACAAGCAGCACAGCUUUGAGGCGCUGAUGCGGCACACGCCAGGGGCACUGGCUGUGCUGCUGCGCCACGGCGACGUGAUGGGGGACCCCAAGGCAUGGGCGACGUGCUCCCAGGCCGCUGCCGCCGCAAGGACGGCGGCACGCACCCUGCAGGCCAGGCUGAUGGUUGUGGUGACCAGCCCCACGGCGCCAGGCCAGCUGGCCGAGGACAGGAUCAGCAUGCUCUGCCGUCAGGCGGACGUCGACAGGAAGAGCAUCCUGGCCUUGCACAUGAGGGAUCAGGUGGGGAUGGCGGGCGUGCUCAGCACGCUGGUGCAAGCCGCACAGACCAGCUACCUGGACGCGGCCGUGCGCCAUGCCAGCAAGCACCCCCCAACCACGGUGGCCGGGCAGGAGUGCGGCCGAGUUCUUGGCCUGAAGCUGGAUGUGAGUAGGGAACUCUUUUGGGUCAGCCGGCUGGGUCUACUGCUGGAGAUGGGGGGCCGCCCCGACGAAGCAAUGACGGCGUACGAGCUGGCAUCCUCCUUCAUACCCAGGAUCAUGAUCCAGCCACCCGGCCUGUUCCAGCGCUUCUUCGAGCUGCACCUCGUCUCCGAGGCCCUCACCUUCAAGGCAGGGCGCCCAGGCUUUUCAUGGAGGGCCUGGGACGCAGCCUGGCUGAUGGCGCUGGUGCCCCCCUCGCCCCGCCACCAGGACACCGUGCUGAAGCACUUUACCAGGCUCACCUCCCUCUUCGGCACCCUGCCCAGUGCCCGCACGCCGAAGGCCCUGGCGCUGGCCCACGCGCAGCGUCUGGCGCUUCAGCACGAGGCCGUGGCCGGUCACCUGAUAGGAAGGCCUGCGCCGGGCCAGGAGCGUGGCCUGGGCAGCGUCGCGGCGCUGCUCCAUGCUGCGGCCAGGCAUGCAGGGGAGGCGGACGCUCUCUCCCGGCAGCCGGACGAGGGUCCCAGUCCAGUGAUGACGGAUGAGGUGGUGCCUGGCCAGUACCUGGGGUGCUGGGAGUUCAAGCACCUGGACCGUCCCCUCACAGACGACGAGUUUGCCACCGCUGUCGGGGCGAGCCUGGGGCGCGCGCCCCGCUGCCCCGACCCCACAGACCUCCUCAGGUGCGCUGUGGAUCUGCUGGAGAGCUCGCCGGCGGCGGGCAUCCGCCGCCAGCUCGUGCAUGCUCGCCAGCUGCUGGGGCAGGGGCUGGCGCGGGCCGGCAGGCACGCCGAGGCCCUUGCGGUGAUGCCCGGCGUCGCAGAGGAGUAUCGGCGCCAGGGCUGGGCGUCUCUGCUGCUGGAUGCUGUCAAGCAGUGCGAGGCCUCGGCCCGGCUCAGCGGCGACGAGCAGGCAAGGGUCGCCCGCGCAGCGGCGCAGCUGGAGCUGUGCGCCCUGCGCGGCGCGCCCGCGGAAUCCUGCAUGGAGGCCAUCGGCGCGGUGCUGGCCACCCCGCCGGGCACCAUGUGGCAGGUGGAGGGCGCGUCCAGCGGCUGGCUCUCCGUGCUGCAGAUCGCCGUCGGACUGGGACCUGCAGCCCGCCGGGGCGGGCCCGAGCUGCACUGCGCGCUGCGCUGCGUGCUGGCCUGCCCGCUGCGCCUGGAGGCCGUGGCCGCCCUGCCCGGCCGGCCCGGGUCCGAGGCGGUGCCGCUGGUAGGCCGCGACGCCGACGGCGGCGCCGCGCCGGCAGGCGUGCUGGAGCUCGCCGCGGGAAGCUGGACCAGGUUGACCGCCCGCCUGCCUGUGACUUGCGCCUCCGUGGAGAGGAUCCUCCUUACCCUGGCGGGCGGCGGCCAGACGCUGGUCAUCCACCCCGCCGCAUGGACGUCGGGGGAGUGUACGCUCGCCCUCGGUCCCGCCAGCUCUAUCCCCUCGCUCAACCAGGCCCCUCUGCCGCCGUCUGUCGCCCUGCUGGGCGCCGCGACCGGCGGCCCUGCGCCGGUCGGGCACGACGACCUCCCCACGCUCGCGCUGCAUGCUCCUGCCUUUGGGCUGGUGGGCGAGGGGCUGACGGCGCUGCUCACGCUGCAUGCCGGCGAGGCCCAGGGGCUGCAGGGCGCCGUGCUCACACCAAGGUCCCUGCAUCGUGAGGAGGGGCGGCCGGUGGACUGGGCCAUUCACAUAGAGGGGGCGGAGGUCGCCCCUCUGUCAGACGGCGGCGUGGCGCUGCCGACUGUGGCCCCGGGGGCCAUGCUCGUGGUGAAGCUGCGCUGGACGUCGCAGCAUGCCGGGAGCAUCGACCUGCGCUGUCUCUUGCAGUACCCAGUGCCGGCGGGGGCUGCGGGACAGGUCGGCCACUGUGUGGUGGCCGGCACGAUCAAGGUGCACGCCCCCUUCACGUUCCAGACCACCCUAUCCACGCUCCCUGGCGCCCUGUGCCGCCUGCCUCCCGGGGAGGCUGGGGCUCCCCUGCCGAGCAGUCCCAGCGAUGUCCUUCCAGAGCAUGGCGACUCGCCCGUCGCCGGGGCGGCCCGAUCUUCGGUGCCUGCGGCCGGCGCCCCGUCAGCAACUCGGCGGCUGCCGGCCGGCCAGCCAUGCAUGGUGCGCCUCACGCUGCGUGCCGCGGCCCCCUGCGGCCUCCACGUGGAGCUGUGCGAGCUGCGCCUGAGCCCCGCGCUGCGCGGCGCCAGAGGCGCAGCCGCGGGCCCCUCCGCCGCCGCGCGCUGCGGCCCGAUUGACGCCGCGCCCGACGACGCCCUGGCCCUGGUCGCGUCCUUUGCUGCGCCGGCCGGGCGGUGCGCGCUGGGCACGCUGCACGCACGCUGGCGACGGUGCGACGAAGCGGUGGCCCUGCAGAGCAGCGCGGGGCGGGGCGGGGAGGCCCUGGGCGCCGCCGAGCUGGAGCGCCUGCACGCGCUGGCGCCCUCAGUGCCGUGCGAGGAGGUGGAGACGGUCUCGGACCUGGGGAGCAUGGUGGAGCUCGUGGUGGCAGACUUGCGGGUGGACGCGGCCUUCCCGGGGUCGGGCCAGCUGGGGCAGCCCCUGCCCCUGAGCCUGGAGAUCCAGAAUCCCAGCGUGGAGCGAGGCGCUGACGUGUCCUUUGAGCUGCUGGAUGCACGUGGAUUCAUGGUAGCCGGCGUGCGAAGCGCUGUCACGCACAUCGGACCGGGAGCCAAGGAGGCCGUGCGACUGACGCUGGUGCCGUACCAUGUGGGCCUGCUCCCCCUGCCCAGCCUGAGGGUGGAGGCAGGGGACUGGGCUGUAGAUGCCCUGGCCUCCCAGCAGGUUUUUGUUGAGCAGGGCCCAUUUAAAUGA